AUGCGUGUAACAAAUUUUCAACUGAAUUCUCACCUAUCAACACUGGCAAAUAUUCACAAGAUUUACCACACCCUCAAUAGGCUGAAUCUGACAGAGGACGUUGGUCAAGACGAUCACCAGACAGGAAGUCUCCGGUCUUGCAGUUCAUCAGACUGCUUUAGUAAAGUGAUGCCUCCAAGGAAAAAGAGGAGACCUGCAGCAGGAGAUGAUUUAUCUGCUAAGAAAAGUAGACAUGAUGGUAUGUAUAGAAAAUAUGAUUCAACUAGAAUAAAAGCAGAGGAAGAAGUCUUUUCAAGUAAGAGGUGCUUAGAAUGGUUCUAUGAAUACGCAGGCACUGAUGAUGUUGUAGGGCCAGAAGGUAUGGAGAAAUUUUGUGAAGACAUUGGAGUUGAACCAGAAAAUGUAGUUAUGCUUGUACUAGCAUGGAAGUUAGAUGCACAAAACAUGGGCUACUUUACAUUACAAGAGUGGUUAAAAGGAAUGACAUCAUUACAAUGUGAUACUACAGAAAAACUGAGAAGUUCUCUGGAUUACUUGAGAUCUUUAUUAAAUGAGCCUACCAAUUUUAAACUUAUUUAUAGAUAUGCUUUUGACUUUGCACGGGUAAUAUACAGGAUGCUUGAUGAUCAAUGGUUUAGUGUUUUGAUAUGUUUUGUUACCUUUCUGCUUCAAGCUAUUUUGUGA